UAAUAAUAAUAUAUAUAAAAGCAAAGUUUUGCAGCCUUGGGGGCAAAAAGGUCCUUCAGCAAUUUAUUCCAAUAUCUAUAAGAGUUGGGUAUGGGUAUUUUUGUAAAAAAGUCAUUUUAUUUCACUCAGGUUUAAUCUCAGCUCCGUUUGGAAGAUGGCUGAGGUUUGGCACCGGACAUUGUUCCUUAAAUGGUGGCUGCUGGCUGGGUGCUCAUACUCGAUUUGGGUUUUCCUGCAAAUUUUCAGAUUUGGUGCACCUAUGCUCUGGGAUUAUGGGGUUCCAGUUUGUGCAUUGGUGUCGUUCUUCUACGUUGUUCUUGAUUGUGCAUAAGAGGGGAAGGUAAGCAACACAUCAAGGAAAAUGACGCCCUUGCCGAGAACCGCGACAGGAUCAAUGAGCAAGCUGAUUCUCCACCUCUGGUGGCUUCUCUGCCUUCGAUACCAGCAUGGAUUCAGGGUGAAGAGGAGCACAGCGGUGUAUCCGACAAGUCGUCCUUUUCCUCCUCUGAUUCUCGCCAUUGAUGGGAACGUAUGAGAUCCAAACUUUACUUCUCCAGACUAUUGCUAUGGUUUCCGACGGAAGUAUGCAAGAUUAUACAGAGAGGUUGCAGGCUUGCAUUGAAGCAGCUAAGAUGUGCAUGGCAAUUCUGGCACCCAAAGGCCAAAAGAGGUGAGAUUGCAAGACAGAUUGGUGAGGCACUAAGGGCCAAAUUCGAUCUCGGGGAAGGCUGGUGUCUCUUGAGAUGCCUUCCAGAUGGAAUUAGGGAGGUGCAGGAAAUUAUUCAUAUGUGUGAUUAUGCGGUUGGGCUAAGCCGACAAUUGAAUGGAUCGAUUACACCAUCAGAAUGUAAUUUAUUUAUCUAUAUCCAUGAUCACUCCCUUUGCAAAGAUUGGUUAUGUGGUGAAUUCUGGUGCUGAAUUGCUGCUUCUCCUCAGUUUUCUAGAGCAAGAGUCAUCCAAUUUUGUAGCGCUGGGAGUUACCAUUGAUGAGAGUAAAUGGAUGAUGGCAUUGAAGGUAGUUUUUCGGAUUUGAUUCUCCGCACUUGAAUUCUCAACAAAAUCCAUAUAUAUGCUAUUUUAUUUUCAUGAUUCCAUGUUGUGCGUGUGUAAAUUAGCUUCUUGAAAUC